AUGGCACCAUCAAUUCCCAACACCACAGGAUCCGAAUCACCAGCAGAUGUCCCUUAUGGGCCGUACACCAGUUUCCCUUGGGAGCCACUUCCCGAGUACGGUGGUGAGAAAUCUAUCAUGUUUCGCUCAGCCGAUGGAAAGGUCGUUGCAGCAGCAGCAAGGGAAACAGGAACUGCAACAUUGACCUACCCAUGUGAUGAGUUUUUCUAUGUUACCGACGGAUGGGUCGGACUCAAUGUUCACGGUGGGGAGCAAUUUGUCCUGAACAAGGGGGAAUUCGUGUACUUGAAGAAGGGAACGACGGUUGAUUUCACAUUUGGCCCUGGGUUUACGAACGUUGCGGUUUUCAUGGACAGCGAGCGUGUAACCCUUCUUUGA